AUGGUCAUUUUACUUAUACUCUUUGUUCUUAUUCCGGAACAUCCGACAUUGGUUGGUGCCAAUCCGGGACUGGUUGGUCCCGGUCCACCAUUAGGUGGUGCUGGUGGAGACUGUAAUUGUCCACAAGCACAACUACCAUGUCCUGCACCAGUAGCACCUUGUCCAUCACUUUUUCCACCACUUGGUCCACCACAACCUCCAUGUCCUCCACCAAUAUCAUCAUGUCCUCCUCCACCACCACCAUCACUUUGCCUUCCUUGUCCACCACCACCACCACCACCACUUUGUCUACCAAGCCUACCGAGUCUUCCACCUCUUUCAUUACCUUGUCCACCACAACCAUCACAACUUUGUAGCUGUCCUUGCAAGCGCAAGAAGCGUUCCACACCUGUUGCUACAAUUACUAGCGAAAAUGGUACCAGUGGCCAUGUUUUAUGCAACAACAGUCAUAUUCGUAAAAUUAUCUUAAAGAAUUUGAGCUCAGAUGCAAAAGUUUCAAAAGCGGCCAUUUAUUCGGAAUUGAAAGCGAAACAAAAGAAUGAUUAUGUGGUGCUAUGUUCGCAGUCAAAUUUAUCAUUUACAAGUGAUUCAAUGAAUUAUUGUGUUGGUGGAAAUACGGAUCAUCUUUGCUAUGUAUUCCAACUAUGA